AUUUAAUAUAUAUAUAUAUAUAUUAAACACAAAUCACUCAUUAAAUUUACAGUGUAAUUGAUCCGUUUCCAGAAUUCUAACCAUCGGACGUGAUAAGACGUGUCCAUUAAUAAUAUAUUAAUUUAUUAACAUCAUCAGGUGUACAUUUAACCACAGGCGUUUCGUUGGUUCAUGUUACGUGUUAAAUGACUUUUAUGAGUGUCUAUAUAUGUUCUCAGUGAGUGUUUUACUUUUAAAACAAGUUUACAACUUCAUCUCUAUACAAAUUCUUGGAUAUCAAAUUAAGGUAAGAAUACAUGGUGCAAGUGGUAAAUUCUUAUCCUUGAUAUUUAUGUAAAUUUGGCAUGAAAUACUAGAAGGCCUUCGGGUCGAAUUAUAUGUUAAAUUCUUCGGGAUGGACCGUCAAGUUAAAAAAAAGAAGUUAAAUUCUACGGGAUAUGGGGAUUCUUAAGAAUUCCUUGAACUCUAAAUCUAAGAAAUGUUGGUAUGUUAUACUAUUUUUAUAUUUAUAUUAUGUGAAUAAGGAUGUGCACGUAUUCUUACUGAAUGUUUUAAAAAAUACUCACUCUUACAAUAUUUUCAGAUUGAGAACGGGUCGUAUGGACGCGUGGAAGAUUGACCGAGCGAUGCUUAUGGGGUCGUCUAGCAAAUUUUCUAGAAAAGGAUAAUUAUCAAAUUUAUAUAAAGAAUAUCUUUGUGUAAAUUUUUAUGCAUGAUAUUUAUUGUGUUAUUUAAUAAUUUGAAAUCAAGUAUUUUUGAUAUAGUUCCGCUUAAAUUAGAUAGAGAAAAGAUUUGGUAGCACCUCGAGCUCAUUUUUAUUUAAAAAUAACAAUAAUAAGGAAAAAGAGUUCGGGGCGUUACAGUGACACUCCAUUACAGGUAACAUCAUAUGCUAUUGCCAUCUGACUUGUUUCCUAUUUUGGUAUAUUCUCCCUGUUGAAGUUGCUGAUUUGGUUGUACUAUGUGGGCAUAUGUAGCAUCAUGUUUGGACCUCAUAUUUGUGGCUACUGCACAAAGAAAGUCCAUGCUAUUCUCACCUUCAAUGGGACAAACCACUUGAUCAAGAGGGGAGCCCCAUGUGAGACAGAUCGACUGACUCAUGUCUGUAUAUUUGUCCUCUGGCCUGAUGCUUCUUACAGCAUCCUCGUUGACAGUGUGGAGAAGCAGUCGGGUAGCUUAUACUCUGGGAUAUUCUCCCACCAAAGAAGAUCAAGGAUCCAGAGGCCAAGAAGCCCAAAGAUUGGGAUGACAAGGAGUACAUUCCUGAACCUGAAGAAGCCUAAGGAUUAUGAUGACAUCCCAAAGGAGUUGCCAGAUCCUGAUGCCAAGAAGCUGAGGACUGGGAUGAUGAGGAAGAUGGUGAAUGGACACCACCAACAAUUGCCAACCCCGAAUACAAGGAUCCAUGGAAGCCGAAGAAAAUUAAGAACCCCAACUACAAGGGCAAAUGGAAGGCUCCAAAAAUUGAUAAUCCAGUACUGUUUACUUCAAAGAUGAUCCAGAUCUCUAUGUUUUCCCAAUUUUGAAGUGUGUGGGCAUUGAGUUGUGGCAGAUGAAAUCUGGAACCCUUUUUGACAAUAUCUUGUUAUCCGAUGAUGCGGAGUAUGCCAAGAAGGUAGCUGAAGAGACAUGGGCAAACACAAAGACGUAUGUUGCCUUUAUACUUAAAAGAAGCCAUAAAGACGUAUGUUGCCUUUAUACUUAAAAGAAGCCAUAAAGACGUAUGUUGCCUUUAUACUUAAAAGAAGC